AUGUCUGGUGAUUCAAAAUCCGGAGAAUGGGAAGGUAAUGAUGCAUUGAAGACCUGGGUCUCUGAUAGGUUAUUGGCGUUGCAAGGGUUUUCCACUCCCGAGUUCGUUGAGUAUGCCAUUGGACUAGCUAAGCAAGCGGCAUCGGCUGCUGAUGUAGUAGGGAAGCUUGAAGAAUACGGCUUGGCAUUUUCCAAUGAUCUUCAUUUGUUUGCUGAAGAAAUCUUUUCCAAAGUUCCUUGGAAAGUAUCGUCUAGGAAGCAAAAGACUUACGACAAUAAAGAUGGCAAUGGUACCGGUUUGGGAAAAGCUGUGUUUGAGAACCAGAUUGAGUUUAUCAAGGAAUCCAUGUUGAAGGUUGAUGAUGAGAUGUCAAUCGAGUCACCCGAUAUUUCCAAGGCAAAAUCCGAAUUGGAGACGCUACAUGAAGACCGGAGAACGUUGCCAAUUUAUGCGCAUCGAGAUAGUCUGCUUAAAGCAAUCGAAGAACAUCAGGUUCUUGUUAUCGUAGGUGAAACUGGUUCAGGGAAGACUACACAGAUACCACAAUAUCUUCAUGAAGCUGGUUACACGAAACGUGGGAAGGUUGCUUGUACACAGCCUCGAAGAGUUGCUGCUAUGAGUGUUGCUGCUCGUGUUUCUCAAGAAAUGGAUGUCAAGCUCGGUCAUGAAGUUGGUUAUUCUAUUCGUUUCGAAGAUUGUACUUCGGAAAAGACUGUUUUGCAAUAUAUGACAGAUGGUAAGCUGUUGCGAGAAUUUCUUGGCGAACCUGAUCUCGCGAGCUAUAGUGUGAUAAUGGUGGAUGAGGCUCAUGAAAGAACUGUCUCUACCGAUGUUCUUUUCGGAUUGUUGAAGGAUUUAGUACGAUUUAGAAAAGAUAUCAAAAUACUUAUUUCAAGUGCUACACCUGAUGCAAGCAAGUUCAGUGAUUUUUUCGAUUGUGCUCCGAUUUAUCGAAUUCCCGGGAGACGGUAUCCUGUUGAGAUACAAUAUACAAAAGCACCGGUGGCGGAUUACUUGGAUGCUGCAAUUGUUACAGUACUUCAAAUCCAUAUGACACAAUCACCCGGAGAUAUUUUGGUGUUUCUUACGGGUCAAGAAGAAAUCGAGUCUGCAGAAGAAAUUUUGAAGCAUAAGAUAAGUGGGUUUGGGUCGGAAAUUCCGGAACUUGUUAUCUCCAAAAUAUUCUCAAACCUUCCGGCCGAGCUUCAAGCGAAAAUAUUUCAACCGAUUCCUAUCGGUUCACGGAAGGUAGUCUUGGCAACAAAUAUUGCAGAAGCAUCGUUAACUAUUGAUGGUAUUAAUUAUGUUAUUGAUCCAGGCUUUUGCAAGAUGGAAGCUUAUAAUCCGAGGACCGGGAUGGAGUCUUUGCAGGUAACAUCAAUCUCUAAAGCUUCUGCUGAUCAACGUGCUGGUCGGUCUGGACGAACAGGUCAUGGUAAGUGUUUCCGAUUGUACACUGCUGAUAGUUAUAAAACUAAAUUGGAUGAUAAUACGCCACCGGAGAUACAACGGACCAACCUUACUAGUGUUGUUCUUUCUUUGAAGAGUCUCGGAAUUCAGAAUUUGCUGAAUUUCGAUUUUAUGGAUCCGCCAUCGAAUGAGGCUCUAUUGAAAGCAUUGGAACUUUUGUUUGCAUUAGGUGCAUUGAACAAACUUGGAGAGGUGACUAAAGUUGGUCGUCAAAUGGCAGAGUUCCCUCUCGAUCCAAUGCUAUCGAAAAUGAUAGUUGCUUCUGAUAAGUAUAAAUGUUCGGAUGAAGUUAUUUCCAUUGCUGCUAUGCUUUCUGUUGGGAAUUCGAUCUUUUACCGUCCAAAAGACGAACAAGUUCAUGCUGAUCAUGCGAGGAUGAGUUUUCAUACCGGUAACGUCGGUGACCAUAUUGCUUUAAUGAAUGUUUACAAUUCCUGGAGGGAAACGAACUACUCGACACAAUGGUGUUACGAAAAUUAUGUUCAGGUUAGGAGCAUGAGGCGUGCGAGAGACAUCCGGGAUCAACUAGAGGGUCUUUUAGAGAGAGUCAAAAUCGAACUAACAGGCUGUCCUAAUGAUUUACAGGCUAUAAAGAAGGCCAUUACAUCUGGAUUUUUCUCUCAUUCGGCCAGGUUGCAGAACUACGGUUCUUACCGAACUGUGAAGCAUCCGCGGAUCGUCCAUAUACAUCCAAGGUCGGGCUUAGCAGACAACUUCCCGAGGUGGGUUGUAUACGAUGAAGUAGUUCUUACCACCAAGGAAUACAUGAGAAAUGUAACUGAGCUGAAACCGGAAUGGCUGGUCGAAAUAGCCCCACAUUACUACCAAAUGAAAGAAGUCGAAGAUGCCUGAUCGAAGAAAAUACCAAAGGGACCAGGCCAAGCUGCAGGGCGACCGGUGAAAACUGAUUGAUCCGAUGAAAGAACAAGAUCAUAUCCAUAUUUCAUUAAAAUCUGUUCUCUAUUCACUACCUUUUUUUGAAGAAAUUACAAUUUCUUAUCAUUUUUAUGUCUUUUUUGUUCAAUAUAUUAGCCUGCUUGUUCAAAAUUUCUAAUGAAUGUUUUUUAAUCCAAAACUUCUCAGAGCUGAAGCAUUAGUGAUGUUCAAUUGGAUGACUUGCAAAGAACACUGAGCAGCAUGGGGGCUAUAGCUGAUCUGAAAUAGCUCCCCGGCGGCCAAAGCGAUAUUAACUAAGAAAGUUGAUUGAAUGGUUGUGCAAUCAAUUCAGGAGUAAAAGCCACCAUCAUAUGGAGCCUUAACCAGUAGGAACUCCCGAAAACGGUUGUCGACGUCGCUAGUAUGCAUGCGGGACUCGGUGGUUGUUUCUUCUUCUUGUCCGAUCUGCCAGUUUUCUGGCAAGGCAUGUUGAAAACCUUGGGGGAUUGCAUUCAUUGCUGGCUGAGAUGUACUGGUAGGGUCGACAUGCAUAAUGGGGUAGGUAAGUGAACCGUGUUUUGGUUCACUUGAAACCUGGGAAUCAUUUGACAGAAGAGAGAGAGCACGGUGAAGUUCUUGAGCUGUGCCGGUGCUUGAAGCAACCAUAGAUUGUUCUACACCUGCAAAAUUUGACAAAAAACCUGUAAGCUCGUAACAUCAGUUCCAUCGCUCAUUUAUCAUAUUUCGGAAAGUUUAUUGGCCCGUAAA